AGUCCUCUGAGUGGCUGGCACUACUUCGGCAAUCGAAAAAUCUUCCACGUUAGUGCCAAGAAGCCCCUCCAACACCUCUACACUCCACUUUGUAGCUACGCAGAAAUCCUCCAAAUACAAACAGAACAACCCCAAAUCAAUGCACGACGUUGCUACGCGGGCGCAGGCCCUAACGCUCAAGUCCUUGGGCAUUCCUAAUGGCGAAAUCGAACGAAUUACGGGCAUUAAACCCCGCACGCUUCGAGACCUAUGGCAGAAGGCCUUCUCACGCGGAUUCGACCCGAACGCGCCUAAGAUUCUUGAUAGCUACGUAGAGGAUGCACCUCGUUCUGGCCGCCCACUUCUUCAGACACCGAGGAAGACAGCAAGGCUUCAAAAGCUCGUCUCAAAGAAUUGA